AACAAGCUUUUAGAUAUACAUAAACCUUCUUUUAAUUUUUUGCCUUCAUAUAUAUAACUUUUAACAAUGGUUGCACACUUGUCCAAAAUUCUUUCAAAUUCCAAAAAUGUCUUUGAUUUUGUUGUCAAUGAAGGGAAUGGAGUUAAGGGUCUUUCUGAUAUGGGAAUUCAAUCACUUCCUGUUCAAUAUAUUCAACCACUUGAAGAACGAAUCACUACGAGCACUGUAAUAACCGAUGAUUCUAUCCCUAUAAUCGACGCCUCAAAUUGGAAUGAUCCAAAGGUGGCUGAUCAGAUUUGCAUGGCAGCUCAAAACUGGGGUUUCUUUCAAAUUAUCAAUCAUGGAGUUCCUAUUGAAGUUCUUGAUAACAUAAAGGAGACAAGUCAUCGUUUUUUUAGUUUACCAGCUGAGGAAAAGAAGAUGUAUUCGAAAGAGAAUUCGAUUUCGAGUAAUGUUAGGUAUGGGACAAGCUUUACUCCUGAAGCUGAGAAGACUUUGGGUUGGAGAGAUUAUCUUUCUCUUGUUCAUGUUUCUGAUGAUGAAGCUGCUGAGUUUUGGCCGCCUUCUUGCAGGGAAGAAGCACUUGAAUAUUUGAAGAGGUGUGAUACAGUUAUAAGAAAGAUUUUGAAGGUGCUAAUGGGAGGAUUAAAUGUGAAAACAAUUGAUGAAGAGAAAGAGGAUCUCUUAAUAGGUUCAAAGAGGAUAAACUUCAACUACUACCCAAAAUGUCCCAACCCUGAGCUUUCAGUCGGGGUAGCGCGUCACUCUGAUAUAUCAACAAUCACUUUUCUCCUUCAAGAUGAUAUCGGUGGACUAUACGUGAAAAAACUCGAUAGUAAUGCAUGGAUUCACGUCCCUCCAAUCAACGGGGCUCUAGUUAUUAAUAUUGGUGACGCGCUUCAAAUAAUGAGCAAUGAUAAAUACAAGAGCGUUGAACAUCGUGUGAUUGCUAAUGGGAGCAAGAAUAGGGUUUCUGUGCCCAUUUUCUUGCAUCCAAAGCCUUCGAGUGUUAUUGGUCCUCUUCAAGAAGUGCUGAAGAAUGGUGAGAAACCAAUUUACAAGCAGAUUUUGUAUGCUGAUUACACCAAGAUUUUCUUCAGCAAAGGGCAUGAUGGAAAGGACACAAUAGAAUGUGCAAAGAUAUAGAGACAUUAUGUUCACAAUCUCUACUUAUAUUUAUUGCUAAUAGGGUGCAUGUACUUAUGCAUGAGAAUUUUACAAUAAUUUUAUAAUAAUUAGAUAUAUACUGAAAAAGCAAAUAUAAGAAUCUUGUACUGAUCAAGUAUAAUGAUUUUUCAGAAUAAUUGACCUUUUUCUAGGAACUUUAGUAAUAGGUGUUACUGUGGGACCAAUCUAAAUAAAAAGCAAUUAAAAAGAAAAAGAAAAAAUGACAUCAAGUUGCAAAUGUAACAAGUUGCAAUAACAACAAAACCAAUAUGAAGUUGGUUUUGAACGGUGGAACAAGUUAUGGCAAUUUGCAAUAUGCAAAUUGUAAAUACAGCCUUUUGAUUGGUUGGAGGAACGGUCUCUCACUACUAUAAAAGGAGGCUUCAGCUAUUCAUUUCAAGCACACCAAAUCGAGAGAAGCAACAGAGUGUU